AUGACUGACGUACAGAUGCAAGACGCCAACGGUCAUGCCAAUGGCUCAACAGCCUACGGCAAGGCUGCUGUUAAUGGGCUCUUGAAGGUGGGAUCGAAGCCUGCAGCGCCGAAGCAGACGAACAAAGAGGACUUGCAAUUGGUGCUUCAGAGCUUCAGGCUUCUGAUAGCCGACCUUUGCCAGCAAUUCGGCAUGGAGGGCGUUGGCUGCGAAGCCCUCAGCUAUGCUGGCCAUCUCAAACUCAACAACCUCACAGUCAUAUACGACAACAACCAAAUAACCUGCGACGGCUCCGUUGACCUCACGAAUACCGAAGAUGUAAACAAGAAGGUGGAAGCCUGCGGCUGGGAAGUCAUCGACGUGAUGGACGGCGUGAACGACGUCGAAGGUAUAGUUGCCGCACUCGAGAAAGGCCGCGACCCCAAUCGCACAAAACCCCUCUUCAUCAACGUACGCUCCAUCAUCGGCGUCGGUUCAGCAGUAGCAGGUGAAGCUGUUUCACACGGCGCGCCUUUGGGCAAAGAUAACGUUGCAGCCAUGAAGAAGGUGUAUGGAUGGGAUACCAAGAAGGUCUUUCACAUUCCCGACAAAGUCAAGAAGUUCUACGAGGAUAUUCCCGCUCGGGGCGAGAAGCACGUCAAAGAAUGGAACGACCUCCUGGCACAAUACAGCGAGGAAUAUCCAGACCUUGCAAAGACGUUCAAGGAACGCAUGGCUGGGAAAUUACCUGACAACUGGGCCUCCAUGAUCCCGUCAUCUUUUCCCUCUGACCCAACACCUAGCCGUAAAUCGAAUAACAUGGUGGUCAGCAACAUAUUUGCAGAAUGCCCUACGUUCAUGGUUGGGACCGCAGACCUCACGCCUAGUGUAAACAUGACAUGGCCCGACUACGAGAUCUUCAACCCGCCGGAUCUCAAACCUAUCAGUGGAAAGAAGGGCAGCUACAAAGGCCGCUACAUCCACUACGGCAUCCGCGAGCACGUCAUGGCCGCUAUCGCCAACGGUCUCGCUGCGUAUUCGCCCCGAACGAUCAUCCCCAUCACGAGCACCUUCUUCAUGUUCUAUUUGUACGCCGCGCCCGCGGUGCGCAUGGGCGCCCUCCAGAAACUCAAAGUCAUCCACGUCGCAACGCACGAUUCCAUCGGUGCUGGCGAGGACGGUCCCACGCACCAGCCCGUCGAGCUCGCCGCGCUGUACCGCGCGAUGCCCAACAUGGAGUACAUCCGGCCCGGCGACAGUGAAGAAGUCGCAGGCGCGUGGAAGCGUGCAAUCGAAUACGACGGCGGGCCGACGAUGAUCAGCGUGAGCAGGCAAGCUAUUCCACAGCUUCCCCGCCUCACCAAGCGCGACGGUGUAGGCAAGGGCGCAUACGUCCUCCAGGAAGAACAGGAGGCCGUUGUUACGCUCAUCUCGGCGGGCGCAGAGCUUAGCUUCCCCGUCAACGUUGCGGAAGUCCUUUCCGAAAAGGGCGUCAAGGCGAGGGUCGUGAGUUUCCCGUGCCACAAGCUUUUCCGCGAACAGCCCCUCGACUAUCAGCGAGAAGUUCUGCGUAGGAAUGAAGGCAUCCCUGCGGUGGUAAUCGAGCCUUACGUCUCGCUUGGCUGGGAACGCUGGGCUGAUGCUGGCGUAAAUAUGAAGGGUUUUGGGCAUAGUUUGCCAGGAAAGUAUAUCUACCAGUAUUUUGGAUUUACGACACAGGGGAUGGCGGGGAAGAUUGAGGGAUUCGUUACAGACUUCAGAGAUGGAAAGGUGGGAAGAGGGGAGUUUGUGGAACUGUAA